CCAAGGCGUAUAUCGUCCCUAUCUUCCCACCCGAGCUGUGCAAUCAUCAUGGCGCCCAUCCGUAGAUCUCAAACCGACAAGAAAUCUAGCCCACGCCGCUCAGAAAGAGUCGCAGCAGCUUCGCAGCUCGAUACCUCGCGGGUCUCUAUCUUCGUUGGUUCGGAGCAGCAAAAGUUUGUACUCAACAACGAGCACGCCUUCGAAUGCCUGUUCUUCGAGAAGGCCUUGCGAGCCCCGUGGACUGAAAGUCAAACCUGCACCAUCUUUAUUGAAGAUGUCUCCAUCUGUCUCUUCGAAAUUUUCAAAAACUGCGUCACAGAAAAGCGUCUGUUCUCCAAGAACAAGAAUCUCAAAGCCGAUCUGAUCCGCGAGUUUGGCGACCAGAGCUGCAGCGAGAGUGAAACCCACUCUGAGGGGCUCAAGCUCAAAAGUCCUCAGACCUGGCCGUUCCACAUCCUGAUCAAAAUCUACAUUCUCGCGGACUAUCUCAACACCGCCAUUGUCCGAAGAGCAAUCCUCGAUGCCAUGAUUUUGAAGCACGAGAACAGUGUUCAUGUCAUCGGCAUACCGCAGAUCAAACUUGCCUACGACUACACGUACGAAGGAUCUCCCCUACGCAAGUUACUCGUCCAUGUUUAUGCAUAUGACACUGUCAUCUUCCCGGAUCCCCGUCGCUACAGAGAUCUGCCAGUUGAGUUCUUGGCAGCUGUCAUGGUGACGAUGGGAACCAAGAAGCCAGACAGGUUGUGCAACGACUGCUACCGUAGAUCUCUGCUUCUGAGCGUCCUCGGCGACAGACCAGACAAUCUGCAUGAUUCGGUCGACGGCCCACCUUGGGAGGAGAUGGACUCGUGCGUCUACCACGAACACCCGGUUGAGGAGGGCGGCAAGACCUGCAAAGCCAAGGUCGCCAGAGACAAGGUCCUCAAGAGACGUAUCAAGGAGACGGGAAGCAAGAUUCGCUAUCCCAAUUGAUCUUGCGUCAAAGCAUGGUAGAGGUCAUUGAGCUUGUUGCAAAAGUCGAGGGCAGAUUGGUGGUCGUUGACCCGGAUGGAGGAGUUAUCAGUCAUCUUCUCCUGGAAUACCAGGACAUCUGGUCAAGCUCGUCAAAAAGAAGGAGAGCAAAGUGCUCGGUCGUGGACCUGAGGAGGGAGUCGUUAGUUAUCUUCCCUCAACAUUCGCGUGCACCGACAAUACAGAACUGCCACGAUGCAUGCAAUCAGUAAAAUUGUUCCCCCCUACGAACUUUCUCGAGACAAGGUGUGUUAGCAAGCCGCAGGUCGUGUCGGUGCAGACAUGCCGGUACCGGACGUGCACAGGCUACUUUUCUUCUCCAGCUCUCGACGUCCGCCACGCGUGUCGCUGUGUCAAUACACAAUACUUUUUGAAAACCAAAUACCAGCUACUGAGACGUGUCAAUCUAUCGACUCUCCAUAGAGGUAGUUUGGAAUCCAG